AAGGAUUGGGGCGACGCGGGGGGCGGGGUUUGUGGAGGAAGAUGGCUGCCGUCCGCGGGCUGUCCCUAACGGCCGCGGCGCUGAGAGCGGUCACUCCCUGGGCAAGGGGCAGCAGGCUCCUCGCGGCCUCUCGAGGACCUCAGGCUCGUCGGGAAGCGUCGUCCUCCAGCGCCGAGGCCGGCGAAGGGCAGAUCCACCUCACCGCCAGCUGCGUCCAGAGACUUCUGGAAAUCACCGAAGGGUCGGAAUUCCUAAGGCUGGAGGUGGAGGGAGGUGGAUGCUCAGGAUUCCAGUACAAAUUUUCCCUGGAUACAGUUAUCAACCCCGACGACAGGGUGUUUGAACAGGGCGGGGCGAGAGUGGUGGUUGACUCUGAUAGCUUGGCCUUCGUGAAAGGGGCCCAGGUGGACUUCAGCCAAGAACUGAUCCGAAGCUCAUUUCAAGUGUUGAACAAUCCUCAAGCUCAGCAAGGCUGCUCCUGUGGCUCAUCCUUCUCUAUCAAACUUUGAUGUGAUGACAGGUGACCCAGAGAUUGCUGCCACUUGUACCAACUUGAGGAACCUAGGAUUAGUAGAAUUCUAGAGGUUUCCUUCCAAUCAUGUCCUUCUCUCAGUUUUAUUUUCCUCAGUCCAGGAGUGUUGUGUUUUGCCACUGUUAUUUUCAGAAUAUGAAGCUUUUACUCUUGAUCUGUUUUUCACUCACACAUUUCUAAGGCCAAGCCUCUAGGUGCUGUGAUCUAAAAUAUACUAACUGGUUGAAAUCUGCCCGCUAUAAUCUGUAGAGCCUCCAAGGUUCCAAAAUUUGGAGUCACUUCUCAGGUGCUUGUACACAGGUGUGUAGCUAUGUAUAAAAGCUCCAUUCUGAAGAAAGUCCUUAGUUACUUAUUCCUUGUGUUCUGGAUCAGGGUCACAGAUUGGGUAGCUUGAACACUGGUUACUAGGCAAGAAAGGAUGAGAAAAGCAAACGGAAAUUUCUCUUUUUCAUCUCACUCUUCCAGAAUGUGCUAGUGACACCUUCUUUUUCUUUCUUUCUUUCUUUUUUUUUUUUUUUCCCUUUUCCUCCUACAUCCUUAUUUUCUGUGCUGCCCAUUCCUGCUUCCCAUUUGUUAGGG